GAGGCCCAGACUCGUCAGACCACGAGUCACACAAGUCUCAACUUUACUCUUGUACUAGUUUUCAGGGGAGAAGAGGAAAAAAAUGACGAAGAGAGCUGCGCCAUGGCACAAGCUAUCGGAGGCCGAAGCUGCCGUGAACAGCGCCGUCGCGGCGAGCCGCGUGGGGAGGUACUUCAAGCUGGACGCCCGCAAGAGCUCCUUCACGAAGGAGCUACGCGCUGGCGCCGCGACGUUCCUCACCAUGGCUUACAUCAUCUCCGUCAACGCCGCCAUCCUGACGGACUCCGGCGGGCCGUGCACGGCGCGGGACUGCACCCCGGUGGGUACUAACUCGAUGGCCUCGCCUGGGACGGAGUGCACGGUCGGGUCCAACCCGGGGUACCAGCAGUGCCUGGCGCGCACCAAGAGCGACCUGAUCGUGGCUACGGCGGUGGCAGCCAUGGCCGGCUCCUUCGCCAUGGGUGUGUUCGCCAACCUCCCGCUGGCGCUAGCCCCCGGCAUGGGCGCCAACGCGUACUUCGCCUACAACAUGGUCGGGUUCCACGGCUCCGGUCCAAUCACCUACAGCACGGCGCUCGCCGUCGUGAUGCUGGAGGGCAUCGUGUUUCUCGUGCUGUCGGCCGUCGGCCUUCGGUCCAAGCUGGCGCGGAUGAUCCCGCGAAACAUCCGGCUUGCCUCGGCGGUCGGCAUUGGCUUGUUUUUGGCCUUCACCGGUCUCCAGGCGCACCAGGGCGUUGGGCUCAUCGGCGCGAGCCCAUCGACGCUGGUCACUCUAACCGCUUGCUCCGAGGUGGACCCGGCCACCGGCGCCUGCCUCGGUGGCACCAUGCACAGCCCGACGUUCUGGCUCGGCGCCGUCGGCUUCGUCAUCACGGCCACAUGCCUUGCGAGGGACGUCAAGGGAAGCAUGAUCUAUGGCAUACUGUUCGUCACGGUGGUGUCGUGGAUCAGAGGCACGAGCGUCACGGUGUUCCCGGACACGCCGGCGGGCAAUGCCGGCUUCUCCUACUUCAAGAAAGUGGUGGACUUCCACAUGAUCAAGAGCACCGCCGGGAAGCUCAGCUUCGGCGGCUUCCGCCAUGGCAACGUGUGGCUCGCCUUGCUGACGCUCCUCUACGUCGACAUCCUCGACACUACGGGGACAAUGUACUCCAUGGCCGAGUACGGCGGGUUCACCGACGACACCGGCGGGUUCGAGGGCGAGUACCCUGCGUUCCUCGUCGACGCCGGAUCUACGGUCCUCAGCGCCGGGCUCGGGAGCAGCACGGUGACGACCUACAUCGAAUCGACGGCGGGGAUCAGAGAAGGCGGCCGAACGGGGCUAACCGCGAUCACCGUGUCGGCGUUCUUCCUGGCGUCCCUGUUCUUCGGCCCGCUGCUGAUGAGCGUGCCGCCGUGGGCCGUCGGGCCGUCGCUGGUGCUGGUGGGCGCCAUGAUGAUGCGCGUGGCCAAGGAGAUCGAGUGGGCCGACAUGAAGGAGGCCGUCCCGGCGUUCGUGACCAUGGCGCUGAUGCCGUUGAGCUUCUCGAUUGCCAAUGGCAUCAUCGCCGGCCUGGGCGUGUACGUCGCGCUGCACUGGUACGACUGGGCGCGCCACGGCUGCCUCAAGGUGAGGGAGGUGCUGGACGAGCGGCGGAACCAGGUUGCCGCGGCAGCGGCCGAGGUCGGCCCGGCGCAGGACGUCGUCUGAUCUCUGAUGUGCAAGAUCGUAGGUCGUGUGCUUAGUAUGUUGAUUAGUGGUAAUUACUUUUGUUACUUGGGACUUAAUUUGGGGGCAGUAUUGCGCGAGCUGGUGCUGCGCCCUGUGUAUGAAAAAGGGGUGGGAACGACUCCUGUGAGAUUCGUGAUGUGUAAGGAGAUGUUUGUACUUUGACCA